GACGUCACAUCCGGCGCCGGGAGUUGGCGGAGAAGAGGGGCAGGUCGAGUGUCCAGCGACACAGCUCCCCUCGCUCGCUCGGGCAUGACGUUUAUGGUUCCGCCUGCCUGCCGGUAGCCCAGCGUUCCCGGCCUGCUCUCCGCUGCCUCCCGGAUCUUUUAGUCUGAACCGGGUUUGCUCUACUAGAGGCUCAUUUAAAAAAAAAAUCCCUCCAAGGAUGAAACAUGACUGACGACUCUCAGAGGAACUUUCGUUCAGUCUACUAUGAAAAAGUUGGGUUUCGUGGAGUUGAAGAAAAGAAAUCACUGGAAAUCCUCCUGAAAGAUGACCGUUUGGACAUCGAGAAGCUUUGCACAUUUAGCCAGAGGUUCCCUCUCCCAUCCAUGUACCGUGCAUUGGUAUGGAAGGUGCUUCUAGGCAUCUUGCCUCCACACCAUGACUCUCAUGCCCAGGUGAUGGCCUAUCGAAAAGACCAGUACUGUGACGUCCUCCAUGCCCUGACAGUCGUCCGAUUCAUCAGUGACGCCACGCCGCAGGUGGAGGUGUAUCUUCGCAUGUAUCAGCUUGAGUCGGGGAAGCUGCCUCGAAGUCCCGCUUUUCCUCUGGAGCCGGAGGAUGAAGUCUUUCUUGCCAUUGCUAAAGCCAUGGAAGAGAUGGUGGAAGACAGUGUGGACUGUUACUGGAUCACCCGGUGCUUCGUGAAACAGUUAAAUAACAAGUACCGGGACGCUUUACCUCAGCUGCCCAAGGCUUUCGAACAGUACUUGAAUCUGGAAGACAGUAGGCUGCUGAGUCACCUGAAGACGUGUUCUGCAGUAUCCAAACUUCCCUAUGAUCUCUGGUUCAAAAGGUGCUUCGCGGGAUGCCUACCAGAGUCCAGUUUACAGAGGGUCUGGGAUAAAGUCAUAAGUGGAUCCUGUAAGAUACUAGUGUUUGUAGCCGUAGAGAUAUUAUUAACCUUUAAAAUAAAGGUCAUGGCAUUGAACAGAGCAGAGAAGAUAACAAAGUUCCUGGAAAAUAUCCCCCAGGACAGCUCAGAUGCCAUCGUGAGCAAGGCCAUCGACUUGUGGCACAAGCACUGUGGGACCCCAGUACAUUCCGCCUGACAGCUCGUGACUUCACUGGCAGUCUGCAGGCCCUCUCUGAGCACUCUGGUCACGUCACUGGGUCUACCAACUGGUUAGAAAUAACAGUCUUGCUGUGGUGCUCAAAAUGCAACCCCUCCACCCCCAAUAAGUAAAAUAAUUUAAUCAAAAUGCCUGGCGUGGCCAUGUUGUGAAGCUGCAUCUCUUGGUGACACCGACGUGCAAUUCUGGUAUAGUGUUCUAAACGGGCGAAUAGGAAAUUCCUCCUGGUCUUAGGCAGCUCUGUUUAGGUCCACCCUGGGCACUCUGGUGAAUGGUAGGAGUGAAGCCCUGCCUCCCUCUGAUGAGCACCAGCACACGUUAGUUACUUAGGAAGGAUUGGUUCUGGAAGAAGAGCAGCUUUCUUUUCCUGGACUCUCUGAUUUGGCUUUAGCCUUCUGUUGCCCUAGCACGUGUAUAAGUAUGAGCCAACCGCUGUCUCAUGCUCUGUCUGGCUAAACUGGCUUAAAAGCAGUCCCUGCAUUUCCUUACCUGCUCCUUCCUUCUCUGCUAGCUAGAGUGGAGCCUUGCCUUUUCUUUCUUGAGAUGAGACCUCAUUCUGUACCUCACUUUCUGGAACUCUUGAUGUAGCUGGCCUUGAACUCCUAGCAGUCCUCCUGCCUCAGCCUCCGGAGUGUUGGGAUUUUAUUAAAUAAAACACCUCUAAACUUA